GGAUGCUUUCUACCCGCAAACCCGUUCUGUGUUUUGAUGUUCAGCUCUUGGGGAUUUGGGGUAGAGUACUGAUGUAUCUAGAUACCUUUACAGCGGUACAGAAUUACAGUAGUACUGCUUGCUAUGGGUAUCCACACAUGCAUACACGAUUUGGUGCAGAAAAGAAAAAGGACAUUCGGUAAAGAUGGCACUUAGAGAGAGGUACACACACUACUACCUCUAGGUACCGUUCCUUGAAAAGCCCAGGUCAGAUAAGGUAUCCACCUUGAGGUCAGGUCACUGUCAUCCAGAACCCACUAUGUGGAGCUCUACGGCCGCACUGUACCUUGCAGCUUCACACAUCCGUCUGCCAAGCAAUCGAAAGCUCAACCUCGAAACUCGUCUCAUCAACAUAUCGAUUGAUCCAAAUGAACUUUACAACAGAACACGCACCAAUCUCCGACAGAAUGUUACACUACGAGACGGAAUGGUUCGAUUCCCUAGUCACAGCAGCCGGGUCUGUAAUUGAUGAGAACUCGUCCAUCUCAACAGACGAAGCCUGCCAAAAACUCCAAUCCAAGGUUCCUGAAUCGUUCACUUUCAGGCAGCUAACAGGAUUGGCUGGGAGGUACCUCAACAAGAACCUCACCACCAGCACCCCCGGAAGACCUACCCGGCAGCAAUUCACCCUAGCAGUUCUCGCGUGCCUACUUCUCAAAGACCGAAUUGCACCCGAUCAAGAUUCCACAAGUGCAGACGAGGACACUUCAGAAAACGAAGAUGGCGAGCACAGCCUCUCACCGGGAACCCGCCUAGCUCGCUCCAUAGCACAAGCAAUCUCCCCCGUCGUCCCUCAAAAACCAAACAGCCACUCAAACGACCUCGACGACUCCAAUACCCAACUCCGCGCUCACAUCACCACCCAAUGCCUAGCAGCCGCCGACGCAGGCUUCAAAGUCCUCGAGCUCCUCGCCUCGCGUGGUCCAGAGAAUCUUGACAACCCUGCCGUCCUCGUCACGCUGAUCGCCUACACCAAUCCCGCCGAGGAAUGGACGACUCCCGAGCUAGCGGCUCGCGCCACCCUGAUCCUUCAGCAACACCUCGAUUCCGCCGAAAAGUCCAACCCUAAGAAACAAGGCUUCAUAACAACCCACAUUCUCCCCAUCUAUCUCCGCCCCCUCUUCUCUCGCUCCUCCCCUUCCCAGCCACUCAUCACCCCCUCGGGCCGUCCAUCCGCCUACGGUCAAAACCCCGACGCCCGACCUUCUGGUCUUCCCGAUGACUCGAGCAAGACCAAACCGUGGAAAUUCGUCGAUCUGCGUGCCAUUACUGUGUUUGACUGGGCUGUUUCUGAAGCGGACGAGGAAUCGACAAUUACCAACUCUUGGCCGCUCUUCAUUCCGGUGCUGCUGACGCUGGCGGAUGAUAACUCUACUUCCGUUAGAAGAAGAGGGCUGGUAAUUCUGGAGAAAUUCUUGGACAAGUUUCCGGAUAAGAUUUUGAAUCAGACGGGGCUGAACAAAGUGUUUGAGGACACGGUUCUGCCUACUUUGAGUUAUCUGCCUAGUAUCACGCCGGAGGAGGAGUCAGUGCAGUUGCUUGGGCCGGCGUAUGCGGUGUUGAGGCGUUUGGCGGGGAAGCUGAGUGGAGAGAAGAAGAAUAAGUUGCUGGAUAGAGUGGUCAGGGAGGGAAUACUGCUAGGGUAUUUUCAUGCUAAGGAGUAUGUGAGGAUCGUUGAGGUGUUGUGCCGGGAGAUGGGAGAGGUGCUGAUGGAGAUGGGGGUUAAUACGGUUAAGCAUCUCAAGGAUAUCAUCCCCAUGCUCUCGACAAUCUUAACGGAUCCAUUCGCCUUCCUUCACCCGCCAACCCUACUAUCAGCUAUCAAAGCCCUUCAAGUUGUCCUCGCAACAUGUUGGCCUCGGAUCCCCAACUCGCCUUGGCAGGGUGAGAUUAUCAAUUCCCUGGUGCUCUGCUGGCUCAAUCUUCACGCCUCUGAUUCCGUGGAAGACACCUUCCCGGCGAUCAGACAAGCACUCAUUCACACAGCAGACGCCCUUGCAGCUGUCCUGGCUACGGAGGUGGAGGAGGGCAAGCCGGCCAUCAGUCUCUCCGAAGUCGUCGAACCGCUAGUGGCGAAGGAACCUUGUCUUUCCCAGCUCUUCUCCGCGGCGUCGAACGAGGAACAAGAUUCGGGGUUGGAGUGUUGACGUUGUCACAGAGGCCCUGGGUUCGGGUUCUCUCCCUGCCUCUGGAUGGUGAGCGAAUUUGUUGGUCAUCUCCGGGUCGAGCCCCACGGUCCCGUCUGCGUCCUCUGGAAGAACCCUCUCCGGGUCCGUAGUCAUCAGCAUCCUCAGCAGCCCCGUCCAUUCCAUGAUGAACGCCACGACCGACCCCACACAUAGUCAACACCCUCCUCGUCUCAUUUGGCGAGACAACGACAAAGACCACCGACGAAGCCCGCCUUGUACCAUCCCUGUCCUUCUCAUCCACGUCCUUAAUCAGAUACCCUGUAGUUUUCUCGCCCUCUUCCGGUCCAACAACCACGGGCUCCUAGUCCACCGGCUGCUGCUUGAAAAGGCUCUUCCCCCUCAACCACUUCCUAUAGGCUUUAUACCUUUUCUUCUGCGCGUCCUCUUCCGUCACGGUGAGCGGGUUCUCGCUAAUCUUGAGCAUCUCAAUGUAAAGCGCUUUGUCAUCGUCCGCUAACCCACCACCAAUAAUGUUUCCAUUCCCACCACCAGGCGCACCUCCUCUAUUGCCACCACCACCACCACCUCCGUCAGGAGUUGCAUACCCACCAUAACCACUAUACACACUUGAAGCAUAGCCUGUAAUUCCCAAUCCAUCCCCAACACUACCAUCCCCAUAACUCCCCAGCAGCAUACCCCCAUUCACCUCCCCAUCUUCUUCUUCCACAACAAUAGAAGCAGGAUACUGCCAACUCCCAUUCACAUACUCCUGAUACUCGGGCUCCACCUCCCCGGGCGCAAUCUCGCUCGACACCACCAGCGGCAAGUGGUGCGGGUGGCUGACGUAGCGGGCGUAGUCCUCGGCCUCGGCAGAGCUGACGGUCGGGUUGAGCGAGGAGUGCACCACUUUGGUGAAGGUCGAUUGGGCAGCCCGGGUUUUUUCUUGGGCGGAAAGGUGUUUGUUUUCUCCUCCCAAAGGGGUGGUGGUGUAACCGUUGCUGUUUCGGUUGUUUGGGGUUUGUUGAUACUGCUGGUGAAGGUUGGAGUGGUAGUUGUUGAAGGGACGGUACGAGUAGUCUCCGAGUUCGGUGCUUUCGCUGGUGUUGUUGUUGUUGCUGGAGGAUUCGCGGCCGAGAGUUCGAGAAGGGUUAGUGGUGGUGUUGUUGUUGCUGGUGGGGUCCGAAGGGCCAGUGGCGGAGGUGGUGUUUGCGGCGGUGGCAGCUUCUUUGGUACCGCUGCCGGGGAGCCAGCGCUGGAGGGAGAGCCCACGGUGGUGACCAGGUGCGUUACCGCCGUUGUUAUCUGCGGUAGCAAGAGCGGCUUUCUCGUUCAUCGCAGAGGCGUUAUCCGCGGCAUCUUCGGCUAGAUGCUUCGUUCCGGAAAAGUGGUCGGCGCGGUUGGUGGCAAAUGUAACCUCCUUCUUGACCUUCUUCCUGUCGUGCGUAUGGUCGCCGUCACCGGUCCCGCCUACCUCGCCGCGCACGCGGAACGGGCUGAGGUCGUACCGGCCGUCCUGGGUGGACUUGAAGGGUAUGUACCUGAGGGUCGAGUUCAUACGGUACGCAAACAUCUUGAGGAAGGACGAGAGCGUGGAAGGACGGUAGUACUCGAGCCAGUAGUCGUCAUAGCGGGACACGGGGAUCUUGCUCUGGGGUGAGUUAGGCUUGACGGCGGGAUAAGGAGGCAGGACGCGUGGCUUGAGAAACUCGGGCGUGUACCAGUUGAUGUAGUGGCGCUUGCGCUUCUCCAGCCACUGCCGUGGAUCUUCGUGGUGCAGGUAGUAGUCGGUGCCCAGAUCCCAGAGCAUUGGCUGUCCUUGGGCGAAUAUGUAGUUACCGAGGAACAGGUUGUAGGCCUCCUGGCGCUGACCGUCGAGAAAAGCGUUGUUGUAGUAUCGCUUGAAACUCUCAAUCAUGUCGCGCGAGUGACUGGUCCACUGGUUGAUCUUUCGGUACGUCUCCAUGGUGUUGACAAGCUGUGAGCCGCCGUACUGGACGGCAAUGGUAUCUCCAUGGUCGUGGUACAUGUGCGUGAACAGGUUGACGGCGUCGGUGUCGUAGUUGACGGUGGUAUCCUCCAAGAUGCCGAGAGCAUGGAGCUGGUGGCCAAGGGCACGCUUGCCAAUCACGAACUGGGCCGCAUUGGUUCGGUCCAGACAGUCGAUACAGUUCGUCCGUGCGACUCCGUUCUGGACCCGGAUCGGGGAAGUGUGGCCGUCACCGUUGUGGAAGAAGCCGGUCGUCAGGACAACGUCCUCAGCAAUACUUUCCAGUGUCCCGAUGACAUCUUGGUCCCGACUCUUAGCGGCUCGCGACAUGUCCCAGGCACGGUAGAUGAUCUUGUUUUCCUUGGGCAAGAACUGGUUAAGAUAUUCUACGGCGCGGGUGUACUCGUCCAACAGUUUACUUUCACGCGGAGUGCGCUCCCGCGCCUUCACUAGGUUCAGCACAUAGAUUGGUGCUCCGUACCGCUCGAAGAGGUUAUCAAAGUGCAGAGCAGCUGCUGUGUAAAAGGGGUCAACGAGGUUCAGCUCGAUGGGUGGCUUGGGCGUCACGCCCGUGUUGUCCUGAGUCCAGUACAGUGGAAUGGAGCCUCUGUGCUGUACAUACGAGGUGUACGCUGGGCUGGCAAAGAAUUUGGGACCCGGGGCAUGGAAAGAAGUUGUCAGUGACUCGGACACAAUCUGCUCAGUCUCGACAUCGUUUGCUACAUAUCCCAAGUCGUUGGCGCCACGUUUGAGGAACCUUGCGCCGGCAAAGAAUCUGCUUCUUCUGGCAAUGACAGUAACGUGGACGGUUCGUCCGUAGAUAGAGAUGGCGGCUUGGUCAAAGUAGCCGUGAAUAAUGGGACGACACCAGUCAUAGGGAGUGUUCAAAGCGUUGGCGACAGGUUGAAGCAGGUGGUUG